CCAUACUCACAUCACCAUAACCAAUCCUUUCCCUCAAAAAAUAAACCUUAAAGAAAAACACAUCACAUAUUCACGCAUCAGAAAAAAAAAUGGCUACCAACAAUAACAACACUAAGGAAGACGACCGGCGAGCUGGGGCGGAGAUCGUUUACGGCGCAGAAGAUUGUUACCGUCACUCCGUCGAGUUGCUACAAGAACUGGGGUUCCCUAAAGGCGUGCUUCCGUUGAAAGACCUGGAAGAAUGCGGGCGGGUUAGAGAAACCGGGUUCGUUUGGAUGAAACAAAAGGCACCUUACGAGCAUUUCUUUGAAGGGACGAACAGCCGGGUGAGUUACUCGAAGGAGGUCACAGCGUACGUUGAGAAGUUCAAGAUGAAGAAGAUGACUGGUGUUAAGAGUAAACAGGUUUUCUUAUGGGUGCCGAUCACUGAGAUGAGUAUCGAAGACGGUUCCGGUGACAAAAUAUACUUUAAAACUCCGAUGGGGAUUGGGAAAUCUUUUCCGGCAACGGCGUUUAUGAUAGAGGAGGAGAAGAAUAAGUAUUUGGAGGACAAAAAAAGUGAUGAUUGAAAAUUAUAUAUAUUUACCGGUUGGAUACAAAAUAAACGAUUUAUUUUUAUCAGUACUUGUAAUUUUUAUUUUUUAUGAUCUGUUUUAUUUGUGAAAGGCGCAUUGAGAUGGGGCCAAGUCAUUGUGUUUUCACUUGAAAAAAAAACUUUUAUUUGUAGGUAUAA